GUGGAGGUGAGAACGCCCCUCUCUCUCCCGCAGGAUGUACUGGCUCGCUUGGGCUCCUGGACUGGUGUGUCGCCAGCAAGCCCGGAAACAGAGCUUUUCGGGACUCGUGAUCGUUAAGGUCCGCUUUUGCUAGCACAUCAGAACAUCAGCAUAUCCGCUACAACCCGCUGCAGGACGAGUGGGUGCUGGUGUCGGCUCACCGCAUGAAGCGGCCCUGGCAGGGCCAGGUAGAACCCCCGCUGCUGACGACCGUGCCCCGGCAUGACCCCCACAACCCUCUGUGUCCCGGGGCCACCCGGGCCAAUGGAGAGGUGAAUCCCCACUACGAUGGCACCUUCCUGUUUGACAACGACUUCCCGGCUCUACAGCCUGACGCCCCUAGUCCAGGACCCAGUGAUCACCCCCUUUUCCAAGCAGAGGCUGCUCGAGGAGUUUGUAAGGUCAUGUGCUUCCACCCCUGGUCGGAUGUGACACUGCCACUCAUGUCAGUCCCUGAGAUCCGGGCUGUCGUUGAUGCGUGGGCCUCAGUCACAGAGGAGCUGGGUGCCCAGUAUCCCUGGGUGCAGAUCUUUGAGAACAAAGGAGCCAUGAUGGGCUGCUCCAAUCCUCACCCUCACUGCCAGGUGUGGGCAAGCAGUUUUCUGCCGGAUAUUGCCCAGCGUGAGGAACGAUCUCAGCAGGCCUAUCGGUGUCAGCAUGGAGAACCCCUGCUUAUGGAGUAUGGCCGCCAGGAGCUGCUUAGAAAGGAACGUCUGGUCCUGAUCAGCGAGCACUGGUUAGUUCUGGUCCCCUUCUGGGCCGUGUGGCCCUUCCAGACACUGCUGCUGCCCCGCCGCCAUGUGCGGCGGCUGCCUGAGCUGACCCCUGCUGAGCGUGACGACCUAGCCUCUGUCAUGAAGAAGCUCCUGACCAAGUAUGACAACCUGUUCGAGACAUCCUUUCCCUACUCCAUGGGCUGGCACGGCGCUCCCACUGGAUCAGAGACUGGGGCCAACUGGGACCACUGGCAGUUGCAUGCUCACUACUAUCCUCCACUCCUGCGUUCUGCCACCAUCCGGAAAUUCAUGGUUGGCUAUGAAAUGCUUGCCCAGGCUCAGAGGGACCUCACGCCUGAGCAGGCUGCGGAAAGACUAAGGGCCCUUCCGGAGACUCAUUACAGCCUGCGGCAGGAGGUCAGCGAGGCAGCGGCUGAUGCUUGACCAUACUGACCACAGCACCUUCGGCUUGAAGGAACAGGGCCUCAGGCGUGGACAGAUGUGGGAUCAAUAAAACUGCUUCUCAAA